AUGAUCAUGUCAGCGGCAGAACCAUUUGCAAAAUCGAAAACCGGCAUCAGGGUAAUAAUUGUCGGAGCAGGCUUCGGAGGACUCACAGCAGCCAUAGAAUGCCACCGACAAGGCCACCAGGUUGAAAUAUAUGAAUCUUUCCCAGAACUCAAGCCGUUGGGCGACAUCAUUUCCUUCGGGUCCAAUGCUGGCAGAAUAUUCCGGCGCUGGGGUGUCGACGGUUCCAUAUCAAAGAAGAUGAGAGAGCUGAGUAUCGACCUGACAAAUUAUGGGUUCAACAUUCACAAAUAUACCGGAGAACUCAUCAUCAAUCAAGCGACACCGCCACAAAAUCCCGACGCUCCCGUUUUCAAUGGCCAUCGUGGAGAGUUGCACGAAGUUAUUUUCAAUUAUGCCAAGGACGAUCUCAAGAUUCCCAUCCACCUUGGCCAAAGGGUAGAGAAGUACAUGGAGGAAGCAGAUAGGGCCGGGAUCGAGCUGUCAACUGGCGAACAGGUAUGGGGCGACCUAGUCAUUGGAUCUGAUGGUGUGAGGUCAAAAGCCCGCGAAUUAGUGCUGGGAUAUUUCGACAAGCCGAAAAGCAGCGGAUACGCGGUCUUUCGUGCUUGGUUCCCCAACACAGAUAUGAUCAAAGAUCCUCGGACGAAACAUUUUUGUGAAAAUGGCGACACGUUCAACGGGUGGAUCGGUCAGGACGUGCAUUUCCUUUUCUCAACCAUCAAGAACGGAAGUGACUGCUGCUGGGUCCUUACUCACAGGGACGAAGCAGAUAUUGACGAGUCGUGGUCGUUCCCCGGCAAGCUUGAAGACGUAUACAAGGUUUUUGAGGGCUGGGAUCCCAUGUGCAAGGCCAUUGUUGAGAAGACGCCUGAAAGCCAUCUCGUUGACUGGAAGCUGGUAUACCGAGACCCCCUGCCGACUUGGAUCAGCAAAGGCGGUCGUAUCGCUUUACUCGGUGACUCGGCUCAUCCAUUCUUGCCGACUUCCGCACAAGGUGCCACCCAAGCAAUGGAGGACGGCGUGACAAUCGCGAUUUGCCUCAGACGUGCAGGGAAGACGGAUGUUCCUGAUGCCGUCCGGACGUACCAGAGGAUUAGAUACGAUCGCGUCAGAGCGGUCCAGAAGACCGGAGAGACCACACGAGAUAUGUGGCACAAAGCAGACUGGGACAAGGUCAAAGAAAACCCGGAAUCGGUUCAGUUCCCGCGUGAAGACUGGAUUCACUUCUUCGACGCGGACAAGCAUACCGAGGAAGUGUUCGAUGAGAACUUUGCUCAGAUACAGGCUGCGGUAAACGGGACACACUGA